AUGCAUCUUCUCGCCGUAUUUGCGGCUCUGCUUGCAGUGGUCACCGCUAACGCUCGUAGGAUGACCAAGUACGAGAUUGGUGAACACCAACUGGAGGCAGCAAAGCGUUGGCAGACUAACGGCUCUCAAAGUCAGAGCGUCAAGCGCAGUGGUGCUCAGAAUAUCACAUUCACGAAUCCAAAGGCCUCAGAUUUUUAUGUCGAUGGCACAUCCCUUCCUCUCGUUGACUUCGACGUCGGUCCUAGCUGGGCAGGUCUUCUACCCAUCAGCAACAGCCCUAAUGAGACUCGUCAGCUCUAUUUCUGGUUUUUUCCUCCCGGCCCCGAAGGGAGUCUUGAUGAUUUAAUCUUUUGGACAAACGGUGGCCCUGGCUGCUCCUCCCUCGAAGGUUUGCUGCAAGAGAAUGGGCCUUUCAGUUGGGCUUGGGGUCAGGCCAAACCGACGGUGAAUCAACAGAGCUGGACCAACCUAUCCUCUGUCCUUUGGGUGGAGCAACCUGUUGGAACCGGAUUUUCCCAAGGUAUCCCAGACGCACAGAACGAGGACGAUGUUGCUAUUCAACUCGUCGGCUUCUUGCAGCAGUUCCUUGAGGUCUUUUCGGAGCUCCAAGGCAAAAAGCUGUAUCUGACGGGUGAAAGUUACGCUGGAACAUACGUGCCUUGUGAGUCAGAAGUCAUUUUCUUUGAACGGGACUUAAAGACCUAUGAAGAUAUCGCCAACUAUAUCUACGAGAACCCCACUCAAUUAGACCUCUCAUUGCAGGGAAUAUGGAUCAGUGAUCCUUCAAUCUCGUGGAAUGUGGUGCAAGAGGAGAUCCCUGCAGUCGACUUCGUGAACAAAUACGCUGGUCUCUUUUCUUUCAAUCAAACGUACACGGACUACCUCAACGAGAAGGCCACGACGUGCAAUUACACUGGCUACAUGGAUAAGUACGUCACAUACCCUCCAACAGGUCUUCUUCCCCUGCCUGGAGACUCUGUCGAGUUUGCCGAGGGCUGUGAUGUCUGGGACGACAUUUUCUAUAAUGCAUUGAUUAUCAACCCCGCUUUCAAUGUCUUUCGCAUCUGGGAUACUUAUCCGAUUCUAUGGGAUGUCUUAGGUUUCCCAGGGUCAUUCCCACAGACGCAGUCUCCGAUCUACUUUAAUAGAACGGAUGUCAAGGAAGCUAUCCAUGCGCCCGUGAAUACCAGAUGGGCUGAAUGCUCUAACAAUGUCUUCCCCAACAACGACAGCAGUUUGCCUCCUGCCUUUACUGUGUUACCUAAUGUUAUCAAAAAGAACCAGCGGACUGUCAUUGUGCACGGUCUCGCCGACUUCGCUCUCAUUGCUGAUGGAACCAGAAUUGCCAUCCAAAACAUGACCUGGAAUGGUUUGCAAGGAUUCCAGACACCUAUUGCUAACGACAGCUUCAUUGUCGAUGGUGUGGGUGCCUAUGGCACUAUGCACUCGGAGCGAGGACUCACUUAUUACGAAGUAGCCUUGAGUGGACACAUGAUUCCACAGUUUGCGCCAGUGCCUGCCUUCCAGAUUAUGCAGUACUUGAUGGGCUUUAGGGAUACACCUUAGCUAGAUACUAGCACUGCGUAAAGACUAAGGGUUUGAGCACUUGAAGUAGAUGUGCUUUAGUGAGGUAGUUAGACAUGAAAAUAGAAUCAUUGGUCAGCUUUGAAGUAGCCUUACAGUGUAAUCGACGGCUUGCCUCAUUAGACAGGUCACGAAGUCGUGCUUUAUACAAGCUUUGUACUCCUUUGGCUUCCUGUGCCGAAGGUAGCAUUAAUAUUAAUAUCAGUGGCUGACUUUGCCGAGCCUGCCGAGGGUACCCAGACUUGCAAUACUAACACCGGCCAGAAUCCCGACACUGUACAUGCGCCAUCACUUCACCUAGUAAUUGACAGAUCGAUCUGCCACCGAGCAAUGCGGGACAACCAACAGAUACAUUCGCACUGCGUCUGCAACUCGUGAAGAUUUUGAGAAACGAACAACCAGCAGUGACUCGGAGCACUCACAGGUUGAGCACAGCAACUCAUGCAU